CAACAAUUAAGCCUAAUGGAUAAACCUUCCCAAUAUACCCUUCUUCCACUCCUCCUACUUCUUUCUCUAGCCUCCAUCAAAGCAGAUACCAAUAUCAACACAGACCGUUCUUCUCUUCUUGCUUUGAAAUCCCAUAUAACCCCAAACCCCCAAAAUAUACUCAUGAAAAAUUGGACCUCUGAAGCCAAUGUAUGCACUUGGGUUGGAAUUACUUGUGAUUCUCAUUAUAACAGGGUGACACGGUUGAAUAUAUCGUCCAUGGGACUUGUGGGCACCAUCCCACCAGAAAUUGGAAAUCUUUCUUUUCUUGUUUCUUUAGACAUAAGCGAGAAUUCAUUUCAUGGUCCUAUCCCUCCCUCCAUCUUUGAUAUCUCAGCCUUGCAAGUUUUAGUAUUACGAAAUAAUAGUUUAUCAAGUAGUCUCCCAAAUGAUAUAUGCAAACAGAGUCUUCAGGAGCUCAAAAGGCUUCGGAUCUCUUACAACAAGUUGUAUGGAGAGAUACCGUUGAGUUUGGGGCAAUGUUCGAAACUUGAGUAUCUUUCCUUGUAUGGCAACAAUUUUGGUGGGCACGUGCCAGCACAAAUUGGGAAUAUUUCACUACUCCAGUUUCUAAGCUUUGGUGACAACAAGUUCAGUGGUAAUAUUCCUAAGGAGAUUGGGAACUUAACAAUGCUUCAAACAUUGGACCUUGGCGGCAACAACUUUAGUGGUAAUAUUCCUAAAGAGAUUUGGAACAUGACAAUGCUUCAAACAUUGGAUCUUAGUGCCAAUAACUUAAAUGGUAAUAUUCCAAGAGAGAUGGGUGCUCUUACUAAUUUACUAGAUUUGAACAUGAGUUUCAACAACUUUAAUGGCCAUGUGCCGAGAGAAAUUGGAAAUUUGACAAUGCUUGAAGUGUUGCACCUUGGUGACAACGAGUUAGAGGGUAAUAUUCCAAAAGAAAUCGGUUAUCUUACUAAAUUACUAGGUUUGAGCUUGAGAGUGAACGAGUUCUCAGGCCCUAUACCCGGAACCUUGUACAGCAUGACUUCAUUGUUGUAUUUUGACUUCGGGUGGAAUAAUUUGACUGGAUCGUUAUCACGAGAUAUUAGAAACAUGACAUCCCUUCGAAGAUUCGGCCUUGAAGAAAAUAGUCUAACCGGUAAAAUUCCAAAAGAGAUAGGUGAUCUUCCUGAUUUCAAGCGAUUGAGCAUGUGUUGCAACAACAUUACAGGUUUAGUGCCAAGAGAACUUGGGAACUUGACAAAUAUGAUUGGUAUAUACCUUGGCAAUAACGCUUUAAGUGGUACUAUACCAUUAGAGCUGGGUCGUCUUGUUAAUUUAUGGGAGCUCCAGUUGAAAGAAAACUUUCUAAUUACUGGAUCGAUACCAAAGGAAAUUGGAAACAUGACAUCUCUUUCCUACUUAUUGCUUUACAAUAAUGAACUAAGUGGUCCUAUUCCAAAAGAGAUUGGAAACUUACCCCUCCUUCGCCAUAUAUGGAUCAACAACAAUAAUUUCAGCGGUAAUAUUCCAAAAGAAAUUGGCCGUCUCAGUAACUUGGAUAUACUCAAUAUUGCAACCAACGAUAUUAGUGGACCAUUGCCCAUGGAAAUUGGAAACCUGACAGCCCUUAAUCAAAUGUGGCUUUUCGACAACAAUUUAAAUGGUCCAUUACCUUUUACCAUUGGAAAUUUGUCGAAGCUGAGUUAUUUAGUACUCUCUCGAAACAAAUUAACUGAAGCGAUCCCUUCAUCCAUUUGCAACCUGAGAUCGCUUUUAGUUCUACAAUUAGGAAACAAUCAUUUUGAAGGGCCAAUUCCAAAAUGUGUGGGGAACUUGAGCACAUCUCUAUUAGUCCUCCAUUUAAAUGCAAAUAAACUUACUGGCCUCAUUCCAUCAACAUUCACAAAGGGUUGCAGUCUAGAGUCCAUCAAUUUGAAUGGAAACAAAUUGGAAGGAACACUCCCCCAAACCCUAGGCAAUUGCAUGGGUCUGCGGGGCAUCGACAUUGGUGGUAAUGAAAUACGAGGUGCAUUUCCCUUUUGGAUGGAAACACUCCCUCAACUUCGCACCCUCAUCUUGACGUCAAAUAAGUUCAAUGGUACGAUGUUGGCGGAUUCAAACACAGGGCAAUCAUUUCCAAAGUUGCAAGUCUUGGAUUUAUCACAAAACGCAUUCGUUGGUUCUUUGCCUGAUAGAUAUAUCAAGAAUUUUCGAGGUAUGAUAGAUGCUAAGGAAAAUCGGACCGAUGAUGAAGCGUAUUGGCUUCUAAGAUUUAUAGAAUUGAAGCUCACAGUGAAAGGCUUGGAGCAACUAUUGGAGCGAUUGUUGACAACGUUUACAACUAUCGAUUUGUCCUCCAACAGAUUCUCUGGGAGCAUCCCACCAUCUCUUGGGAAUCUAAACUCGCUUAGAUACUUGAAUUUGUCCCACAAUACCCUCACAGGACAUAUACCGCCAUCUCUUGGAGGUAUGAGUUUGCUCGAGUCAUUGGACUUGUCUUCAAACAAACUGAAUGGAGAAAUUCCGAGUCAAUUGGCAAGAUUGACAUUUAUUGCGAAGUUAAACCUUUCGAUGAAUAAUCUUGAAGGACAAAUACCACAUUCUACUCAACUUUCCACAUUUGAUAAUGAGUCAUAUGUGGGAAAUGUAGGAUUAUGUGGAUUUCCAUUGACGAAAACAUGUGAGGGGAGCGACGGAAAACCAUUGUUUCCUCAAGAAGAAGAUGGUGAUGAGGAUGGAUUUGUUGAUGGAUUUGGUUGGAGAAGUGUGGUGAUGGGGUAUGGGUGUGGAUUUGUUGUUGGAAUUGGAAUUGGUUACAUAAUAAUAAGAUAUGGAAGGCCAAAAUGGUUAGUGGAAUUUUUUCUUGGUGUUGGAUAUAAUACUAAUGAGAUGAAGAGAAGAAAUAGAACAACUGCAUCAUGGAGAAAUUCUUGAGCUUGGUUUGGCAUGUUAGGAGCAAUUAAUGUAUAUGAUGUUUUGUAAAUAAUGCAUUUUGAAAAUUUGCAAAGUCUUACUUCUAUGUUGGGCUCAUUGCACAUGCUAGUUUUAUUUGGCUGUUACUAUUGGGUGAUAAUAUUUGUAUCAUUACAUUCGAUCUGAUCUUUAUUGGGACUGUAUUUACAUAAAUAACGUGUCUAUGAAGGGACUCGUAUCAUGUGAAUCGCAAGUUUGCAAUUGUUUUUA